UGACCUGUUGAACAUGAGUUCGUACUUCGCCAACUCGUACAUGCCGUCCGACAUGCGCAACGGCGGCGUCGUCGGUGGCGGCGGCGUCGUCGGCGGCGGCGGUGUCGUCGGCGGCGGAGGCGGUGGCGUCCUAGGCGGCGGUGGUGGCGGCGGCUUGGUCGGCGGAGGCGGCGUGGUCAUGGACCACCAUCACCACGGCCAGCAGCACUACGUGGACAACGCGCCGUGCGACCCGACCGCGCGCGAGGGCAUCCCUCCGCAUCACUACGUCGGGCCCACCGCGGGCGGACAGCCGCCCCAGGGUAUGCCGUACCCGCGGUUCCCGCCCUACGACCGGAUGGAGAUCCGGCAGGCGGCCGCAGCGGCCGGCUACUACAACAACCACCACCAGUCGUCAAUGGACGGCUACAGCCGGCCCGACUCGCCCAUCGGCGUGAGCGGCAGCGGUGGCGGUGGCGGUGGCGGCAUGGGCCAGAUGACCAUGAACGGUCACCGGCCCGUCGUGUACGCCACAUGCAAGCUCCAGGCAUCCGUAGCCAACGGCCUGGUCGAGCCGGCCAGCCCUACCGACAUGGUCGACAUGACCAAUCAUCACCAGCAGCAGCAGCAGCAGCAGCAGAUGACGGCCGCCGGCCACCACCAUCACCAGCAGCAGCACCACCACGGGGCCCCGCCGCCCCAGUCGCACCACCAGCAGCAGCAGCAGCAACAGGCUUACUUCAGCAACCUGAGCCCGCACCACCAUCAGCAGCAGCAGCAGCAGCAACAGUCCGUUCCGUCGGCGCCCGGCCACCACAAUCAGGUGGUGGUCAACCCGCACCAGCAGACGCCGCCGUUGCAGACGCCCACCGCGCAGAACCAACAGGUGGUCAACAACAACUCGCUGCCGAGUCCACUGUACCCGUGGAUGAGAAGUCAAUUCGGUCCAGACUCAGAAAGGAAACGCGGUCGGCAAACGUACACCCGUUACCAGACGUUGGAGCUGGAGAAGGAGUUCCAUUUCAACCGGUACCUGACCAGGCGGCGGAGGAUCGAGAUAGCGCACGCGCUGUGCCUGACCGAGCGCCAGAUAAAGAUAUGGUUCCAGAACCGGCGGAUGAAGUGGAAAAAAGAGAACAAAACCAAAGGCGGCGACGGACAGGGUGGCGACGGCAGCGACAUCACCCCUCAGACAUCACCGCAGUGAAAAAGCUCUCGCGCGAGGACUUCUUAUUAUUAUUAUUAUUAUUAUAUGAUUAUUAUUAUUAUUAUUAUUACUAUCAUCAUUAUGAUUACGAUUAUCAUUAUAAUUAUUACUAUUAUUGCGUACCGUUGUGUGUGUGUGUAUACAUGAUGUUGUCAUGUUCGUAUAACACAUGUGCACACGUAGAAACGAAACUUCACUCGCUAACUCGGUCGCACCAUAAUUUUGUUGGCGCGUUCGUUCACAAAAGUCCCGACAAAGAAACGCUGUGUACGUACGUACACGUGUGCAUAUGGGGGUGCGAGUGAGUGCGCGUUUGUGUGCAGUGAUGGUGAACUGAGGGUGGAAAAAGUAAAACAUAUGUAUAUAUGUAUAAAACAUGUAAGUGCUGUGUACCGUUUGCAGGACGAUGAUGACUAGUAACGUUUUCUUUUAAACUCGAGGACGAAUAAAAUAAUUAUUUUUUCGCGUCGUUCUACUUUAGUUACCAUUUGUAUAUUACGUAUACGUGUUCAAUUGGAGUGGUUCAGAUGGUUUUAUUUUUCAAACAAUGAUAUGAUCGUUAUCGCGCAAACAUUUCAUUAUGAGUUCGAAAAAGAAAAAAAAUUUCGUUGCGUUCUGGCUGUUUUCUUGAGUUUAUCUUAAAAUUUAUUUUUCAAUUGAAAAAAAAAUUAUAAAAAAUAAUGAUGUCAUCAGUACUUUAUACUAUCGACCACGAGGGAAAUAAUAUACAUAUAUAUGUAUAUAUAUGAACGUGUGUAAAAUAUUUUCUCCCGCAUGUGUUGAAACUUACUCUAAGAUUGUGUCUAAGUCAUUAUAUCGUAGGGGUUUUUUUUUUUUUUUGUUUUUUUCGUUUAAUUUUUAUUUAGUUCUAAGCAAAUAAAUAAUAA